UGAGAUUGUAGAGCAAACCGGGGAUUUAACGGCAUUUCGGAUAUAUGUGGGCUUCCAGUAUACAUGUAUCUGUGUGCAACGAUCGAGAUAUGCUCCUUCAGACCGACAGUCAGUGAGGAAACUCUUGGAAUCUGAGAGUCUCCUGGGAACGUCGCACUGGGAUCCUUUCAAACUGGCUGCGGCUGGGAUGUUUGCUGCUGGGAUGCUGCAGCAGAGCAGCGGAGGACUGAACAAGCGAUCGCUGGGAAUGGCUCGGCUUCCCAGCUCCCACUUUUUCCCCCUCUCCUCGGGUUCGGGUUCGGGGUCGUGGGGUUUGGGCCGAUCUGCGAAGAGCGGCUCUCUGAGCUCCGUCAGCUCGGGAUCGGACAGCAUGGACAUGGCGGGUGCAGAUCCCGACUACAUCAUGCAGCUGGUCAACGAAGUGCGGAGGUUUGCAGAUGUGCUGCUCCACCUCAAGGAAGCUUUUAACACCAAAGAUCACCAGAAUUGUCUGCACCAGGUGGUUCAUGAGCGUUUGGGAGAGCUGCUGCGUGUGUUGAAAGCUGUGAUUUCCAAACACCACUCCUUGAAUUCAGUUGAAAUCCUCAGUGCAGCAGGAACCCUAAUCGCAAAGGUCAAAGGUGUUAACUUCAAGGAAGUGAAUGAAGACAAUAAGCAGACGCUCUUUUCCGAGAUCUACACUUCCAUAGAUACAUUGGCCUUCACGUUUGGCAAUGUAGUGUCUGACUUCCUUAUGGGAGAUGUAGAGAAUGGCUCAGCCUCGGGGCUUCCUCAGGCCCGCAGGAGCAGGUCUUCUGAAAACCUGACGGUGGAGUCCGGAGGAUGUGGACCGGAAAAAGAUGACCCUCCAGGUCCCUCUCCUCCCGCGAGGGUGGAGGAGAUGGAUGGAGCUUUGCUCCGGAGUGACAGCGGGGUGGAGUCGGCCCUGCUCUAUGCCAAAGCCUGGUCGAAAUACACCAAGGAACUCCUGGCCUGGGUGGACAAACGUCUUAAUAUGGACAUUGAGUGUGCAAAGUGCUACGCCAAGAUGGCUGAAUCUGCAAAGGCGCUGGCGUCUCAACAGGAGCACAUGCCAUUCCAGGAUAUUUACAUAUCUGCCUUCAAAAACGAUAUUGAAUACAGCCAUUUGAUCAUGCAAACCACAGCUGCGCUACAGUCCAACAAAUUCAUGCAGCCUCUGCAAGCUCGAAAAAAUGAGCUCGAUAAGUUGAGAAAGGAGGUGAAGGAGCAAUGGCAGAGAGAGCAGAAGAAAAUGCAUGAAGCAGACAGUGCGCUGAAGAAGGCCCGGCUCCUGCAGGCUCAGAGGCAGGAAGAGUACGAGAAAGCCCGCUGCUCAACCAGUCGAGUGGAGGAGGAACAGAACGGAACGGCUGGAGGAAAACAGCUGGAGAAGAGACGCAAACUGGAGGAGGAGGCUCUGCUGAAGGCAGAGGAAGCCCAAGAACAUUAUAAGCAUUGCAUUACAGAUGUCGGAGUGAAGAGAGUGGACCUGGCCAACACCAAGAGCGAGAUUCUUACUCAGAUACGAGAGCUUGUGUUUCAGUGCGACCUGACCCUGAAAGCAGUGACGGUGAACUGGUUUCAGAUGCAGCAGGCACAGGUGGUGUCCCUGCCCGUGAACUUCCAGUCACUCUGCGAGAACGCUAAACUGUACGAGCCAGGUCUGUGUUACACUGAAUUUGUGAAGAGUCUGCCUUCAGACAGGACCAGAGUGGAAUCGUUCUCCUUUGACAUCUCUGGGACACAGAACACAGGGUUGCCCCUCUCAAAGCGAGUGAUGAAUAGUGGUCAUUCAUCCCAAGUUCACUUGUCCCAGGUGUCUCUCGCACCUGGAGACUUCCUGAGUGCCGACGAUGUGGAGAGUCACGUCCAAGCACGUACUGGAAAGAUGACGGACGGACGCUCGCACAGCAGUUCAGAUAUUCAAGCUCUGAGGAUCCAGGGUCCGUUCCGGGUCUGGAGGAGCAGCAGUCAGGGUGGAGGCAUGUGCAGUGACUCUGAGAGCGCUGGAGGAAGCAGUGAAUCUCGCUCUAUGGACUCCCCUACGGCAAGCCCAGGUGAUUUUAAGAGAAGGCUUCCCAGGACCCCAUCCACAGGCACCAUGUCUUCAGCAGAUGAUCUGGAUGAGAGAGAACCACCAUCUCCUUCAGAUAAUGGUUUGAGUGAAAUGGUUACAGAGGCAGCCAGCUCUCCUGGACCUUUUCGCAACACACAGAUGUCUAAAGCGGCACAGACGCACAAGCUGAGGAAGCUCCGUGCUCCAUCCAAGUGCCGGGAGUGUGAAAGUCUUGUGGUAUUUCACGGUGCUGAAUGCGAGGAGUGUUCUCUCGCUUGUCAUAAGAAGUGUUUGGAGACUCUAGCCAUCCAGUGUGGGCAUAAGAAGCUACAGGGAAAACUUCAUCUCUUUGCUAUCGACUUUGCUCAGGCAGCCAAGAACAGUCAUGAUGGAAUCCCCUUCAUCAUCAAAAAAUGCUCGUCGGAGAUCGAAAACAGGGCUCUGAAUAUCAAGGGAAUUUAUCGCGUUAACGGUGCCAAAUCACGGGUGGAGAAGCUUUGUCAGGCAUUUGAAAAUGGCAAAGACCUGGUUGAGCUUUCGGAUCUCUACCCUCACGAUAUCAGCAAUGUCCUCAAACUCUACCUACGCCAGCUCCCAGAGCCCCUCAUUCUUUUCCGAUACUAUAACGACUUCAUCGGAUUGGCCAAAGAGAGUCAGAGUAUCAUUGUUGAUGAAGUAGAGGCGUCAAGAGGAAGUCCCGCAUCCGACAACCGGCAGAUCAGCGUAGAGCUCAACCGAGUCCUCUUCAAGAUUAAAGACCUGCUGCGUCAGCUUCCUCCAGCCCACUACAAAACCCUACAGUUCCUUGUUCAACACUUACACAGGGUGUCAGAAAGGGCAGAUGAGAACAAGAUGACUGCCAGUAAUCUGGGCAUCAUCUUUGGGCCGACCCUGAUCAAGCCCCGACAGGCCGAUGCCGAGGUCUCUCUGUCCUCUCUGGUAGAUUACCCCUACCAGGCCCUGAUCGUGGAGCUUUUGAUCCGCCAUUACGAGAUGAUCUUCGAUACUCCUCUGAGUCCUCUUCCUCCUUCCUCCCCUGUAGCCGAGAGCUCUCCGCUCCCCAUCAAAUCACGUCUCACCUCACAGGAAAAGCAUCAACAGCUUAGCCGACAUUCAAAGUCCAUGGUGGAUAUUAAGGAGCAGCAACAGUCAAAGGCUAAGGCAUAUAAAAGGCAUUCCUCUGUAAUACCUUCUACUCACUUGAUUGAUGAGGUGAAGAUAAGUUCUGACAAAGACUUUUCUGCAGUUGGUGAUACGGUGGACAUCAACAGACACCUCUCAUCAAGCGUUCCUGAAAUGAGGAACUCGCCCGGCCUCAGCCGCCGCAACCACGUCUCCAGAGUUCAGCUUCGGCCACCGAGACCCAAGCUGGCCUCUCGACCGAUCAGCAUGCCGGCCGAGCGGCUCCUCAACCUCGCCAAGGUGGACGAAUGUAACGUGAAGAACUCCGUAGAGCAGGGGGACAACCACGCUCGUGAUCCCGUCAUCGAGGAGGUGUCCGAAGAGGAGAAGCCCAAGUCCAAGUCCAGAGCGGGAAACCAUUACAGGAAAUCUUACAUCGAUACUCAAACCCUACGGCGGACAUGGGACAAGCAGUAUAAGCAUCACGACAUCACUCCAAAGACCUUUGUGAUGACAACCACCUAUCCUUCUGAUUCCGGGACCAAUGAUGCCGACGUUCACUCUUCUUCCCUCACGUCAUCGUCUUUUUCCGAACAAACCAAAACCGUCAGCACUGCUCUUGCAAACAGACCCUACACCAUUGCCGUGAGGCCUGGACGGACUUUACGUAGGGAAGGGAACGUUAGCGAGUACUGCCCCGUUCCCACAGCCUUCAGGCCUCCUAGAACUCUGCAACCUCCUCCUGGAACGUUCUACAAACCUCCAGGUAGCAAAACCAAAACAUUAACGGAGGUCGAGCUUAAGUCUAGUAGAGCGACCGCAAACAGCACCGAGGAAGAAGAGGAGGAUGACGAUGACGAGGAGGAAGGGUUUGGGGUGGAAGUCUCGGUUGAUGAACCUGAGACAGAUUUGGAUCCAGAACCAUCACCAGUGCUGGAUGCCCUCCCACUUUUGCUUCCUCAGUCUCCCGGCUCAGGCCUGGAGGAACUCGGACAAAACGAGACCAAACCCGUGUACCAGAGACUCAGAUCACACCGUAUGCAGGAUCUCGAACACAGGGAGGCACAUUUUGUUUGAGAUCUAGACAGAACUGUUGACAACCGGGACGAGGUCACCGUCUUUUUACGAUUUUGUCUCGGACCUGUGAAUUUUAGCAACGGCCCCGUUUUGUGUAUGUGGAAAGGUUUUCCAUAACUGUGAAGAGAUGCAAGGACAUGGUAUAUAUCUAUAUAUUAAUAUAUUGUGCAUCUGCUGUUUGUAAUAAUCAAACAAACCACUUGGACAAGAAUUUACACAGUAUGCACUUAACGUUUUUUUUAACUUUAUCGCAUCACUUAUGCACAAAGUCAAAACAACCCGUUUUUGCAUUAUAACACCAGAGUGUCACUGUCAUCGUGCAAUUUCAUUUACACUGUAUAUUGAUUUUUUUGUUGUUAAAAGAUAUAUAAAUAUAUAUAUAUUCUGUAUAUUUCUGUAUUUUUAUGUUUUACACCAAAACCAAAAUGACCAAGCUGUUACAGUUGAGUAUCGUCACUUUAUUAUAAUCAUAAAAUGCACUUAUUAGACUUUGGAACCACACAUUUCACGCUACUGAACUACAUGCAGUGUUAAUUUUGUUUUUCAAGAACAACAGACGGAUGUAAUCUGACCUGUCUGAGAGAUGUAGGUUAAAGUGUGCAAAGGUAUUUUCUUUUUUGUCUUGUUUUGUCUUUUGUCUUUUUUUAAAACAAAAAAUGCUGAUAUUAAUUAUUGUUUAUGUCUAUUCAUAGAGAGCUUUCAGAAAUGCAAUUUGGCCCACAUUCUAUUAAGUGUACAAAACAAAUUGUAAUAGUUUGCCCAAAGUUUCCUUUUUCUUAUUUUUUUUUUUUUAAUGGUCAUAUCAACAACAACUUAAAUGUCAGUAUACCCAAAACAAGCAAGUCAAGCCAAAACAAGUGCCUUCAUUUAUGAGAGUCCACUGACUGGUUGUCCAACACAAAUUAGCUGGUCUAAACUACAUUUACCAGUUUAACACUCAAUCAGUGGCUUUUAUAAAUGGCACCCAUGUAUCUGAUGUGAUUAUACUGUAUAAACUGAUUCCUUUAACAGCAUUUUCAAGAUGUCUUACCUUCCCUCAAGUGUAAAAACAGGUACAUGUGAGAAUACACACUUGUAACUUAUUAAAACCACAGCUGAUGUCA